GCUGCUCUCCGCGUCCUACUCGGCUUUCGAUAUGAAGGAGCUGCCGCAGCUGCUCGCCUCGGUCAUCGAGAGUGAAUCUGAGAUCCUGCACCACGACAAGCAGUACGAGCCUUUCUACUCCUCAUUUGUUGCACUUUCCACACACUACAUCACUACUGUGUGUGGUCUCAUACCCAGAAACCAGUUGCAGUCAGUGGCAGCUGCUUGUAAAGUCCUGAUUGAAUUCUCCCUGCUGCGGCUUGAGAACCCAGACGAAGCAUGUGCUGUUUCACAGAAACACCUCAUUCUGCUGAUCAAGGGGCUGUGCACAGGCUGCAGCCGCCUGGACCGGACGGAAAUCAUCACCUUCACAGCCAUGAUGAAAUCAGCCAAGCUGCCUCAGACUGUCAAAACCCUCUCUGAUGUUGAGGACCAGAAGGAAUUGGCCUCCCCGGUGAGCCCAGAGCUGAGACAGAAGGAAGUGCAGAUGAACUUCCUCAACCAAUUGACCUCAGUCUUUAACCCCAGAGUCUCAUCAUCACCAUCAAUCACAGCAGAGACACAGGUGGAAGGAGAGAGCGAGGAUCAAGCUGCCACAGAUCAAACAUCUGCAACAAAGACCAAGAGCAUAUUCAUUGCUCAGAAUGUGGCCAGCCUGCAAGAACUUGGUGGCUCCGAGAAGCUUCUCCGCGUGUGCCUGAACCUGCCGUACUUCCUGCGCUACAUCAACCGCUUCCAGGACGCCGUGUCCGCCAACUCCUUCUUCAUCAUGCCGGCCACGGUGGCCGACGCCACGGCCGUGCGCAACGGGUUCCACUCGCUGGUCAUCGAUGUCACCAUGGCUCUGGAUACUCUGUCCCUGCCUGUGCUGGAGCCCCUGACGCCCACACGUCUCCAGGACGUGACUGUGCUCGCUCUCAGCUGUCUCUAUGCAGGUGUGAGCGUGGCCACCUGCAUGGCCAUCCUGCACGUGGGCAGCACCCAACAGGUACGAACAGGAUCAACGAGCUCCAAAGAAGAAGAUUACGAAAACGAUGCUGCUACUAUUGUACAGAAAUGUCUUGAAAUCUAUGAAAUGAUUGGACAAGCCAUCAGCAAUUCACGCCGUGCAGGGGGUGAGCAUUAUCAGAACUUCCAGCUGCUCGGGGCUUGGUGUUUGCUGAACAGCCUCUUCCUCAUCUUGAACCUCAGCCCCACGGCCUUGGCUGAUAAGGGGAAGGAGAAGGAUCCCUUGGCUGCUCUUCGUGUCAGAGACAUCAUUGCUCGCACUAAGGAGGGCGUGGGGUCUCCCAAGCUGGGACCUGGCAAAGGACAUCAAGGGUUUGGGGUGCUGUCAGUGGUGCUGGCAAAUCAUGCCAUCAAAUUGCUGUCAUCUCUUUUCCAAGAUCUGCAAGUGGAGGCGUUGCACAAGGGCUGGGAGAGCGAUGGCCCCCCAGCAGUGCUGGAUGUCAUGGCUCAGAGCACGUCCAUCCAGCGCAUCCAGCGGCUCAUCGACUCCGUGCCCCUCACUAAUCUGCUGCUCACCCUGCUCUCCACCUCCUACAGAAAGGCCUGUGUCCUGCAGCGCCAGAGGAAGGGCUCCAUGAGCAGCGAUGCCAGCGCCUCCACGGACUCCAACACUUACUACGAGGAUGACUUCAGCAGCACUGAGGAGGACAGCAGCCAAGAUGACGACAGUGAGCCAAUCCUGGGGCAAUGGUUUGAAGAGACAAUCUCUCCCAGCAAAGAGAAAGUGGCCCCACCACCACCCCCUCCACCCCCUCCUUUGGAGAGCUCGCCGAGGGUGAAGAGCCCCAACAAGCAGAGUGCUGGGGAGAACGGGAACAUCCUGGCCAGCCGCAAGGACCCCGAGCUGUUUUUGAGCCUAGCUUCAAACAUUUUGAACUUUAUCACUUCUUCUAUGCUGAACUCCAGGAAUAAUUUCAUCCGCAACUACCUGAGCGUGUCCCUGUCGGAGCAGCACAUGGCCACGCUGGCGAGCAUCAUCAAGGAGGUGGACAAGGAUGGCCUGAAGGGCACAUCAGAUGAGGAGUUUGCUGCUGCUCUGUAUCACUUCAACCAUUCCUUGGUGACCUCAGACCUUCAGUCCCCUGCCCUGCAGAACACACUUCUCCAGCAGCUGGGAGUUGCCCCAUUUUCUGAAGGUCCGUGGCCUCUUUACAUCCACCCCCAAAGUUUGUCGGUGCUGUCCCGACUCCUCCUGAUCUGGCAGCAUAAAGCCACUGCCCAGGGAGAUCCUGAUGUUCCAGAAUGCCUUAAAGUCUGGGAAAGGUUUGUGGGCACCCUGAAGCAAAACGCCUUGCAGGGGACUCUCCCCAGCGACACAGAAGAUCUGAAUGUGGAGCAUCUCCAGCUGCUGCUGCUCAUUUUCCACAAUUUCUCGGAGAGAGGGCGCAGAUCCAUCAUGAUGCUGUGCAUCCAGACCAUUGUGGAGCUGACAGCAAACAUGGAGACCCAGCAGUGCUCUGUGCCUCUUGUGGUGGCACGGCUGCUCCUGGUGUUUGACUACCUGCUCCACCAGUACUCCAAGGCCCCCGUGUACCUGUUUGAGCAGGUACAAUAUAAUUUGCUGACUCCACCUCUUGGCUGGGUGAGUGGAUCCCAGGACAGCAGCAGACGAACGUCUGUCCCACUUUAUCAUGGCUUUAAAGAAGUGGAAGAAAACUGGACCAAACACUGUUCAUCAGACUCUGCUCCACAGCCCAGGUUCUACUGCAUCCUGUCUCCAGAAGCUUCUGAGGAUGAUCUGAACCGUCUGGACAGCACGGUUUGUGAGGUCCUUUUCUCCAGGGCUACAAAGUACGACGAGCUCUACUCAGCCCUCACCUCGUUACUGGCUGCUGGCUCCCAGUUUGAUACACUCAGGAGGAGGGAGAACAAAAAUGUCACUGCACUGGAAGCCUGUGCCCUUCAGUACUACUUCCUGAUCCUGUGGAGGAUCCUGGGGAUUUUGCCUCCCUCCAAAAGCUACAUGCACCACCUGGCCAUGAACACCCCCGAGAUGAGCGACUGUGACCUCCUGCACACCCUGCGCUGGUCUUCCCGCCUGCAGAUCCCGUCCUACGUCGUGUGGAUCAAGGAUCACCUUAUCAAGCAGGGCAUGAAGGCUGAGCAUGCUGCUCCUCUCAUGGAACUGACCUCCAGCAAGUGCAUCUCGGUGAAGUACGACGUGGAAAUAGCAGAGGAGUACUUUGCUCGACAGAUCUCUUCUUUCUGUGCUGUGGACUGCACAACCAUUCUCCAGCUGCACGAAGUCCCCAGUUUACAGUCCAUUUACACCCUCGAUGCUGCAAUCUCCAAGAUCCAGGUUUCUCUAGAUGAGCACUUUUCCAAGUUAGCUGCAGAAACUGACCCCCACAAGUCCUCAGAGAUAACCAAGAACCUCCUCCCUGCCACGCUGCAGCUCAUUGACACUUAUGCCACUUUUACCAGAUCCUACUUGCUGCGGAGCCUCUCGGAGGAGGGUUCCUCGGACUCCAAACCCUCCCAGGAGAAGCUGCGGGGCUACGCCGCCGUCCUGGCCAUCGGCUCCAGCCGCUGCAAGUCCAACUCUCUGGGCCCAGCCCUUGUCCAGAACUUGCCAUCAGCUGUGCAGACCCUGUGUGAAUCCUGGAACAACAUCCACACCAACGAGUUCCCCAACAUCGGCUCCUGGCGCAACGCCUUUGCCAACGACACCAUCCCUGCGGAGAGCUACAUCAGCGCCGUGCAGGCCGCUCACCUGGGCACCCUCUGCAGCCAGAGCCUGCCCCUGGCAGCCUCCCUCAAGCACACCCUGCUGUCCCUGGUCAGGCUCACUGGGGAUCUCAUCGUCUGGUCAGAUGAUCUGAACCCAGCCCAGGUGAUCCAUUCCCUGCUGCCCCUCCUUCUGGAGACCAGCACAGAGAGCGUGGCAGAAAUCAGCAGCAACUCCCUGGAGAGGAUCUUGGGCCCAGCAGAGUCUGACGAGUUCCUGGCUCGUGUUUAUGAGAAGUUGAUCACAGGCUGCUAUAACAUACUGGCCCAUCACUCUGACCCAAACAGUGGCUUGGAUGAGUCCAUCUUGGAGGAAUGCUUACAGCAUCUGGAGAAACAGCUGGAGAGCAGCCAGGCCAGAAAAGCCAUGGAGGAAUUCUUUUCAGAAAGUGGAGAGCUGGUGCAGAUCAUGAUGGCAACAGCCAACGAGAACCUCUCAGCCAAGUUCUGUAACAGGGUGCUGAAAUUCUUCACCAAGCUCUUCCAGCUGACUGAGAAGAGCCCCAACCCCAGCCUGCUGCGGCUCUGCGGCUCCCUGGCCCAGCUGGCCUGCGUGGAGCCCGUGAGGCUGCAGGCCUGGCUCACCAGGAUGACCAUGUCCCCACCCAAGGACUCUGACCAGCUGGACGUGGUGCAGGAGAACAGGCAGCUGCUGCAGCUGCUGACCACUUACAUCGUGCGGGAGAACAGCCAAGUGGGGGAAGGAGUGUGCACCGUUCUGCUCAGCACUCUGAUACCAAUGGCAACGGAGAUGUUGGCCAAUGGCGACGGCACGGGCUUUCCUGAGCUGAUGGUCGUCAUGGCAACUCUGGCCAGUGCAGGACAAGGGGCAGGACACCUCCAGCUUCACGGUGCUGCUGUGGACUGGCUGGGCAGAUGCAAGAAAUACCUGUCUCAAAAGAACGUGGUAGAAAAAAUGAAUGCCAACGUCAUGCAGGGGAAGCACGUGACAAUCCUGGAGUGCACGUGCCACAUCGUGUCCUACCUGGCCGAUGUCACCAACGCCCUGAGCCAGGGCAGCGGGCAGGGCCCCAGCCACCUGUCCGUGGACGGCGAGGAGCGCGCCAUCGAGGUGGACUCGGACUGGGUGGAGGAGCUGGCCGUGGAGGAGGAGGACUCUCAGGCUGAGGACUCGGAUGAAGAUUCUCUCUGCAAUAAACUCUGUACCUUCACCAUCACACAGAAAGAAUUCAUGAAUCAACACUGGUACCACUGUCACACCUGCAAGAUGGUUGAUGGUGUUGGUGUUUGCACAGUUUGUGCUAAAGUUUGUCACAAGGAUCACGAGAUUUCUUACGCCAAGUACGGAUCCUUCUUCUGCGACUGUGGAGCCAAGGAGGAUGGCAGCUGCCUGGCGUUGGUGAAGAGAACUCCCAGCAGUGGGAUGAGCUCUACCAUGAAGGAAUCGGCCUUCCAGAGCGAGCCCCGCGUGCCCGAGAGCGUCAUCCGCCACGCCAGCACGUCCCCGGCUGAGAAAGCCAAGGUCACCAUCAGCGAGGGCAAGGGUCCUGAUGAGGAGAAACCCAAAAAGAGCAGCCUGUGCAGGAACGUGGAGGGCUGUCGAGAGGAGCUGCAGUCCCAGGCCAACUUCUCCUUCGCACCUUUGGUGCUGGAGAUGCUGAAUUUCCUGAUGGAUGCAAUCCAGGUCAACUUCCAGCAAGCUUCAGCCAUGGGGAGCAGCAGCCGUGCCCAGCAGGCUCUCAACGAGCUCCACACGUUGGACAAAUCGGUAGAAAUGACGGAUCAGUUGAUGGUCCCGACCCUCGGCUCUCAGGAAGGCGCCUUUGAGAACGUGCGGAUGAACUACAGCGGGGACCAGGGCCAGACCAUCCGGCAGCUGAUCAGCGCGCACGUGCUGCGCCGCGUGGCCAUGUGUGUGCUGUCCUCGCCACACGGCCGCCGCCAGCACCUGGCUGUCAGCCACGAGAAGGGCAAGAUCACAGUGCUGCAGCUCUCAGCCCUGCUCAAACAAGCCGACUCCAGCAAGAGGAAGCUGACCCUGACCCGCCUGGCGUCCGCGCCCGUCCCCUUCACGGUGCUGAGCCUGACUGGGAACCCCUGCAAGGAGGAUUACCUGGCUGUGUGUGGGCUGAAGGAUUGCCACGUGCUGACGUUCAGCAGCUCUGGAUCAGUGUCUGAUCAUUUGGUGCUUCAUCCCCAACUGGCCACUGGGAAUUUCAUCAUCAAAGCUGUGUGGCUGCCAGGAUCUCAAACAGAGCUGGCCAUUGUCACUGCAGACUUUGUCAAGAUUUACGACCUCUCAGUAGAUGCCUUGAGUCCAACUUUCUACUUCCUCCUCCCAAGUUCCAAAAUCAGGGAUGUCACGUUCCUGUUCAACGAGGAGGGGAAGAACAUCAUUGUCAUCAUGUCCUCUGCUGGCUACAUCUACACCCAGCUCAUGGAGGAGGCCAGCAGUGCCCAGCACGGGCCCUUCUAUGUCACCAACGUGCUUGAGGUCAACCACGAGGACCUGAAGGACAGCAAUGGCCAGGUGGCAGGAGGGGGGGUGUCAGUCUAUUACUCCCACGUGCUGCAGAUGUUGUUCUUCAGCUACUGCCAAGGCAAAUCCUUUGCAGCCACCAUCAGCCGGGCCAGCCUGGAAGUGCAGCGGCUCUUCCCAAUCAACAUCAAGAGUUCCAAUGGUGGCAGUAAGACUUCUCCAGCCCUGUGUCAGUGGUCUGAGGUGAUGAACCACCCUGGCCUGGUGUGCUGUGUCCAGCAGACCACGGGUGUCCCGCUGGUGGUGAUGGUGAAACCCGACACCUUCCUCAUCCAGGAGAUCAAGACCUUGCCAGCCAAAGCCAAGAUCCAGGACAUGGUGGCCAUCCGCCACACGGCCUGCAACGAGCAGCAGAGGACCACCAUGAUCCUGCUGUGUGAGGAUGGCAGCCUGAGGAUCUACAUGGCCAACGUGGAGAACACAUCCUACUGGCUGCAGCCCUCCCUGCAGCCCAGCAGCGUCAUCAGCAUCAUGAAACCCGUGCGCAAGCGCAAGGCGGCCGCCAUCACAACUCGCACAUCCAGCCAGGUGAACUUCCCCAUCGACUUCUUUGAGCACAACCAGCAGCUGACAGACGUGGAGUUUGGAGGCAAUGACCUGCUGCAGGUGUACAAUGCCCAGCAGAUAAAGCACAGGCUCAAUUCCACGGGCAUGUACGUGGCCAACACCAAGCCUGGGGGUUUCACCAUCGAGGUGACCAACAACAACAGCACCAUGGUGAUGACAGGCAUGAGGAUCCAGAUUGGCACCCAGGCCAUCGAGAGAGCUCCCUCCUACCUGGAGAUCUUCGGCCGCACCAUGCAGCUCAACAUGACCCGCGCGCGCUGGUUCGACUUCCCCUUCACCCGGGAGGAGGCUCUGCAGGCUGACAAGAAACUCACCAUCUUCAUCGGAGCUUCCGUGGAUCCUGCUGGAGUCACCAUGAUGGAUUCCAUAAAAAUUUAUGGCAAAACCAAGGAGCAGUUUGGGUGGCCUGACGAGCCCCCCGAGGAUUUCCCAUCUGCUUCUGUGAGCAACGUGUGUCCCCCAAACCUCAACCAAGGCAACGGCACUGGGGACACCGAGUCAGCCGCCCCUGCUGCUGCCAGUGGCACUGUCCUGGAGAGUUCUGACACUGAGUCCCUAACCACCCUGGACCGGCUAGUAGUGAGUUCUUUAGAAGCGCUGGAAAGCUGCUUUGCUGUGGGACCAGUCAACGAGAAGGAGAAGAAUAAGUUUGCAGCUCAGGAGCUGGCUAUGGUGCUGCUGUCCAUGCCAGCCCCUUCCAGCGUGCAGCAGCAGACCAAGAGCCUCCUGGCCAGCUUGCACACCAGCCGUUCAGCCUACCACAACCACAAGGAUCAAGCACUGCUAUGCAAAGCCAUUCAGUAUUUGGCUUCCUCCACCAAAGAAGGGAAGGACCUUGACCCCGAGGUGUUCCAGAGGCUGGUCAUCACUGCUCGAUCCAUUGCUAUUAUGAGACCCAACAAUCUGGUCCACUUCACAGAAUCAACUGUGCUGCUGGAAACAGAGAGUGAAGAAGGGCAGGAGGCCCAGAAACACGUGGAAGGAGAGGGCUGCACCUUCAUUACCCAGCUGGUGAACCACUUCUGGAAACUCCACGCUUCCAAACCCAAAAACGCCUUCCUGGCCCCUGCCUGCCUGCCAGGUCUCACCCACGUUGAAGCCACAGUCAAUGCUCUGGUGGAUAUCAUCCAUGGAUACUGCACCUGUGAGCUGGACUGUAUCCACACUGCAUCCAAGAUCUACAUGCAGAUGUUACUUUGCCCCGACCCAGCAGUGAGCUUUUCCUGCAAGCAAGCUUUGAUCAGGGUGCUGAGACCUCGGAACAAGCGGCGGCACGUGACCCUGCCAUCGUCCCCUCGCAGCAACACUCCCAUGGGAGAUAAGGAUGAUGAUGAUGAUGACGAUGCAGAAGACAAGCUGCAGAGCUCUGGGAUAACAAACGGAGAGCACAUCCGGCAGGAGAGCCAGGAGCAGAGCGAGGUGGAUCACGGCGACUUUGAGAUGGUGUCGGAAUCCAUGGUUCUGGAGACUUCUGAGAACGUGAAUAAUGGGAACCCUUCUCCUCUGGAGGCUCUCCUGGCUGGAGCAGAGGGGUUCCCUCCCAUGCUGGAUAUCCCUCCAGAUGCAGAUGAUGAGACAAUGGUGGAGCUGGCUAUUGCCCUGAGCCUGCAACAAGAUCAGCAAGGGAGCAGCAGCAGUGCCCUUGGACUGCAGAGCUUGGGGCUGUCGGGCCAAGCUCCCAGCUCCUCCUCCCUCGACGCCGGAACGCUCUCGGACACAACGGCAUCAGCUCCAGCGUCGGACGACGAGGGCAGCACGGCGGCCACGGACGGCUCCACGCUGCGGACGUCGCCCGCGGAGCACGGCGGCAGCGUGGGCUCGGAGAGCGGCGGCAGCGCCGUGGACUCGGUGGCUGGGGAGCACAGCGUGUCCGGCAGGAGCAGCGCCUACGGGGACACGGCGGCCGAGGGUCACCCCGCGGGGCCGGGCAGCGUCAGCUCCAGCACCGGAGCCAUCAGCACCACCACGGGCCAGCAGGAGGGAGAAGGCUCCGAGGGGGAAGGGGAGGCAGAAGGGGAUGUCCACACCAGCAACAGGCUGCACAUGGUCAGGCUGAUGCUGCUGGAGAGGCUGCUGCAGAAUUUACCCCAGCUGAGGAACGUCGGCGGCGUCCGGGCCAUCCCUUACAUGCAGGUUAUUCUGAUGCUCACAACAGACCUGGAUGGAGAUGAUGAGAAAGACAAGGGAGCUUUGGAUAACCUUCUGUCCCAGCUGAUUGCAGAGCUGGGCAUGGACAAAAAGGAUGUGUCCAAGAAGAACGAGCGCUCCCCUGUGAACGAGGUGCACUUGGUGGUGAUGAGGCUGCUCAGCGUCUUCAUGUCCAGAACCAAGUCAGGAUCCAAGACUUCCAUUUGUGAGGCUUCCUCCCUGAUCUCCAGUGCCACAGCAGCUGCCUUGCUGAGCUCUGGUGCUGUUGAUUACUGUCUGCACGUGCUGAAAUCCCUGCUGGAGUACUGGAAGAGCCAGCAGAACGACGAGGAGCCCGUGGCCAGCAGCCAGCUCCUGAAGCCUCACACCACCUCGUCUCCCCCCGACAUGAGCCCCUUUUUCCUCCGCCAGUACGUCAAGGUGAGUCCUGCCCCUCUCUGCAGGGCUCAGCAAAGCAGCCCUGCACCAGGAGUUUACCAAAAUCCAUCUUCUGUAGCCCAAAUUUCCAGCUGGGAGCGCUCUGAGUGCUCACAGGGCUUCUGCAAUCCUUGGUGCCCUCCUAAAGCAGGAGUUCUUUGGGGGUGCUGUCAGUUUUCCUGGAGGAAUCAUCCUGAAGGAAAACUGCUCCAGCCCAUGGCUCCCUGUGCUUGGCAGGCAGAAUUCCUGAACUUGGUGUGGAAUGGUGGAAUUUCCACAGUAAUUCCAUUUUUUGGUGCUGUUUUGCCGUGGUUUGGUGUUGGUACAGGCGCACUUUCCUCCACAGCGGUUCUGUAUUUCCUGCUCCAAGUCAGCUUCCUGGUGGACGAAGGAGUGUCCCCAGUUCUCCUGCAGCUGUUGUCUUGUGCUCUGUGUGGCAGCAAAGUGCUGUCUGUGACUUCUGGAGCCUCCAGCACCUCUUCCAGCUCUGCUCCUGCAGCAUCAGGCUCCGGGCAGGCGGCAGGGCAGAGCAAAUCCUCCACCAAAAAGAGCAAGAAGGAGGAAAAGGAGAAGGAGAGAGAGGGGGAGGGUUCAGGCAGCCAGGAGGACCAGCUGUGUACGGCCCUGGUGAACCAGCUGAACAAAUUCGCUGACAAGGAGACCCUCAUCCAAUUCCUGCGCUGCUUCCUGCUGGAAUCCAACUCGUCCUCGGUGAGGUGGCAGGCUCACUGCCUGGCUCUGCACAUCUACAGGAACUCCAACAAGUCCCAGCAGGAAUUACUGCUGGAUCUGAUGUGGUCCAUCUGGCCAGAGCUGCCAGCCUACGGAAGAAAGGCUGCCCAGUUUGUGGAUCUGCUGGGAUACUUCUCCCUGAAAACACAGCAGACAGAGAAAAAGCUGAAGGAAUAUUCCCAAAAAGCCGUGGAGAUCCUCCGGACUCAGAACCACAUUCUCACCAACCACCCCAACUCCAACAUCUACAACACGUUGUCCGGCCUCGUGGAAUUCGAUGGUUACUACCUGGAGAGUGAUCCUUGCCUCGUGUGCAACAACCCCGAGGUGCCCUUCUGUUACAUCAAGCUGUCGUCCAUCAAAGUGGACACGCGCUACACCACCACGCAGCAGGUGGUGAAGCUCAUCGGCAGCCACACCAUCAGCAAGGUGACAGUGAAGAUUGGGGACCUGAAAAGGACCAAGAUGGUGAGAACCAUCAACCUCUACUACAACAACAGGACGGUGCAGGCCAUCGUGGAGCUGAAGAACAAGUAUGUCCAUCGAGUUUUGUGUGCAGUCUCUGGGUUUGAUGUGUUCCCUUGGCUUCUUGUUUUCACCCAGGGUUCCUACUCCUCACUCCCAGCUCACAUUGGGUGGGAUUGUUCUGAAUCCCCUUCAGCUGCUGAAGAAAACAUCCAGAUUUCCUCUGGAGCUGUGUGUGUCACCUGUGUCACUGUGUGUCACCUGUGUGUCACCUGUGUGUGUCCUCAGAACGUCUACCAGUGCCACAAGUGCAGGUCAGGGUGUGUCACUGUGUGUCACCUGUGUCACCUGUGUGUCACUGUGUGUGUCCUCAGAACGUCUACCAGUGCCACAAGUGCAGGUCAGGGAUUGUCACCUGUGUCACCUGUGUCACUGUGUGUCACCUGUGUGUCACUGUGUGUGUCACCUGUGUCACUGUGUGUGUCCUCAGAACGUCUACCAGUGCCACAAGUGCAGGUCAGGGAUUGUCACCUGUGUGUCACUGUGUGUCACUGUGUCACCUGUGUGUGUCCUCAGAACGUCUACCAGUGCCACAAGUGCAGGUCCAUCAAUUAUGAUGAGAAGGAUCCUUUCCUGUGCAACGCCUGUGGCUUCUGUAAAUACGCCCGCUUCGACUUCAUGCUGUACGCCAAGCCCUGCUGCGCCGUGGACCCCAUCGAGAACGAGGAGGAUCGCAAGAAGGUGGGGCAGGCAGGAGAGGGAUACUGCAGCUCUGCAUCCAUCCCCUGGCAAAAUCUCUGCUCCUUCAAGGCUCCUCACUGCCUGGGGAAUUCUGGGUUGGGGUCUUGCUGCAGCAGAGAAUUCCUCAAACACUUGUUUAAAAAAAAUUCCUUCUCCACAAAACACGCAGCGAAAACAACCCCAAACAACCCCAGAAACAACCCAGGCACGGUUUUGUGGCUGCCAAUUCCUUCUGUGUGUUCCCAGAAAGUGUUUGCCUCCCGCAAGGAGCUGCUGGAGUACGACCUGCAGCAACGCGAGGCGGCCACCAAAUCAUCGCAGAGCUCGGCGCUGCCCACCUUCACCGCCAGCCAGUACCGCGCCCUGUCCGUGCUGGGCUGCGGCCACACCUCAUCCACCAAGUGCUACGGCUGUGCCUCGGCUGUCACCGAGCACUGCAUCACCCUGCUGAGGGCCCUGGCCACCAACGCAGCCAUCCGCCACAUCCUGGUGGCCCAGGGGCUGAUCCGGGAGCUGUUUGACUACAACCUGCGGCGCGGCGCCGCCGCCAUGCGCGAGGAGGUGCGGCAGCUCAUGUGCCUCCUGACCAGGGACAAUCCAGAGGCCACACAGCAAAUGAAUGACUUAAUCAUUGGGAAGGUUUCUGCAGCUCUGAAGGGACACUGGGCAAAUCCAGACUUGGCAAGCAGCCUCCAGUACGAGAUGCUGCUGCUGACAGACUCCAUCUCCAAGGAGGACAGCUGCUGGGAGCUGCGGCUGCGCUGCGCUCUCAGCCUCUUCCUGAUGGCAGUGAACAUCAAGACUCCGGUGGUUGUGGAGAACAUCACCCUCAUGUGCCUGCGCAUCCUUCAGAAGCUCAUCAAGCCACCAGCUCCAACCAGCAAGAAAAACAAGGAUGUGCCCAUGGAUGCUCUCACCACUGUCAAGCCUUACAGCAACGAAAUCCAUGCCCAGGCUCAGCUGUGGCUCAAGAGGGACCCCAAAGCAUCAUAUGAAGCUUGGAAGAAGUGUCUCCCUGCCAGAGGUGCAGAUGGCAACGGGAAAACUCCCAGCAAAGCUGAGCUUCACCAGCUCUACUUGUCAGAAAAAUACAUCUGGAAGUGGAAGCAGUUCAUGAGUCGCCGUGGGAAGAGGACUUGUCCUCUGGACCUCAAGCUGGGACACAACAAUUGGUUGAGACAGGUGCUGUUCACUCCGGCCACCCAGGCUGCCAGGCAGGCUGCCUGCACCAUCGUGGAGGCCCUGGCCACCAUCCCCAGCAGGAAGCAGCAGGUCCUGGAUCUCCUCACCAGCUACCUGGAUGAGCUGAGCAUUGCUGGGGAGUGUGCUGCUGAGUACCUGGCCCUGUAUCAGAAACUCAUCAAACCUGCCCACUGGAAGGUCUACCUGGCAGCCAGAGGGGUUCUGCCCUACAUUGGCAGCCUCAUCACCAAGGAAAUAGCUCGUUUGCUGGCCUUGGAGGAAGCAACCCUCAGCACAGAUUUGCAGCAGGGAUAUGCCCUGAAGAGUCUCACAGGUCUUCUCUCCUCCUUUGUGGAGGUGGAGUCCAUCAAAAGGCACUUCAAGAGCCGGCUGGUGGGCACGGUGCUCAAUGGGUACCUGUGCCUGAGGAAGCUGGUGGUGCAGAGGACAAAGCUCAUUGAUGAGACCCAGGACAUGCUGCUGGAGAUGCUGGAGGACAUGACAACAGGCACAGAGUCAGAGACCAAGGCAUUCAUGGCUGUGUGCAUAGAGACUGCCAAGCGUUACAGCCUCGACGACUACAGGACCCCAGUGUUCAUCUUCGAGAGGCUCUGCAGCAUCAUCUACCCUGAGGAGAACGAAGUCACCGAGUUCUUUGUCACCCUGGAGAAAGAUCCCCAGCAGGAGGAUUUCCUGCAGGGCAGGAUGCCAGGGAAUCCCUACAGCAGCAACGAGCCUGGCAUCGGGCCUCUGAUGAGGGACAUCAAGAACAAGAUCUGCCAGGACUGUGACCUGGUGGCUCUGCUGGAGGAUGACAGCGGGAUGGAGCUUUUGGUGAACAACAAGAUCAUCAGUCUGGAUCUGCCUGUGGCUGAGGUCUACAAGAAGGUGUGGUGUCCCACAAACGAGGGGGAGCCCAUGAGGAUCAUUUACCGCAUGCGGGGGUUACUGGGAGAUGCAACGGAGGAAUUCAUCGAGUCCCUCGACUCCACCACUGAUGAGGAGGAGGAUGAGGAAGAGGUGUACAAGAUGGCAGGGGUGAUGGCCCCGUGUGGAGGCCUGGAGUGCAUGCUCAACAGACUGACUGGCAUCAAGGACUUCAAGCAGGGCCGGCACCUCUUAACUGUGCUGCUAAAACUCUUCAGUUACUGUGUGAAGGUGAAAAUCAACCGGCAGCAGCUGGUCAAGCCAGAGAUGAACACUUUGAAUGUCAUGCUGGGGACUCUCAACCUGGCUCUGGUGGCCGAGCAGGAGAGCAAGGACAGCGGGGGAGCCGCGGUGGCAGAGCAGGUGCUCAGCAUCAUGGAGAUCAUCCUGGAUGAGUCCAACGCGGAACCUCUGAGCGAGGACAAGGGCAACCUCCUCCUGACAGGGGACAAGGACCAGCUGGUGAUGCUGCUGGAGCAGAUCAACAGCACCUUUGUGCGCUCCAACCUGAGCGUGCUGCAGGGGCUGCUGCGCAUCAUCCCCUACCUGUCCUUCGGGGAGAUGGAGAAGAUGCAGAUCCUGGUGGAUCGUUUCAAGCCCUACUGUAACUUUGAUAAGUAUGAUGAGGAGCACAGUGGAGAUGAUAAAGUUUUCCUGGAUUGCUUCUGUAAAAUAGCAGCAGGAAUAAAGAACAACAGCAACGGGCAUCAGCUGAAAGAUCUCAUCCUGCAGAAGGGGAUUACACAGAAUGCCCUGGAUUACAUGAAAAAGCACAUUCCCAGUGCAAAGAAUUUGGAUGCAGACAUAUGGAAGAGGUUCUUAUCUCGACCUGCACUUCCUUUUAUCCUGCGCCUGCUCCGAGGCCUGGCCACACAACACCCUGCAACACAGGUGCUGAUAGGAACAGACUCCAUCACCAACCUGCACAAACUGGAGCAGGUGUCGAGCGAUGAGGGCAUUGGGACGCUGGCAGAGAACCUUCUGGAGGCUCUGAGGGAGCACCCCGAGGUGAACAAGAAGAUCGACGCCGCGCGGAAGGAGACGCGCGCCGAGAAGAAGAGGAUGGCCAUGGCCAUGAGGCAGAAGGCCCUGGGCACCCUGGGCAUGACGACAAAUGAGAAGGGCCAGGUGGUGACCAAGACUGCGCUGCUGAAGCAGAUGGAGGAGCUGAUAGAGGAACCAGGACUGACCUGCUGCAUCUGCCGGGAGGGAUACAAGUUCCAGCCCACCAAGGUGCUGGGGAUUUACACCUUCACCAAGCGCGUGGCGCUCGAGGAGUUUGAGAACAAACCCCGCAAGCAGCAGGGCUACAGCACGGUGUCUCACUUCAACAUCGUGCACUACGACUGUCACCUGGCAGCUGUCAGGCUGGCUCGGGGCCGUGAGGAGUGGGAGAGCGCGGCCCUGCAGAACGCCAACACCAAAUGCAACGGGCUCCUGCCCGUGUGGGGGCCCCACGUGCCAGAGUCUGCUUUUGCCACGUGCUUGGCACGACACAACACAUACCUCCAGGAGUGCACAGGCCAGAGGGAGCCCACCUACCAGCUCAACGUGCACGACAUCAAGCUGCUGUUCCUGCGCUUCGCCAUGGAGCAGUCGUUCAGCGUGGACACGGGCGGCGGCGGCCGCGAGAGCAACAUCCACCUCAUCCCCUACAUCAUCCACACCGUGCUCUACGUGCUCAACACGACCCGGGCGACGUCGCGGGAGGAGAAGAACCUGCAGAGCUUCCUGGAGCAGCCGCGGGAGAAGUGGGUGGAGAGCGCCUUCGAGGUGGACGGGCCCCACUACUACACCGUGCUGGCCCUGCACAUCUGUCCCCCGGAGAGGUGGAGGGACAUCCGUGGGGACAUCCUGCGCCGGCUCCUCGUCACCUCCCAGGCACGCGUGGUGUCACCGGGAGGGGCCAGCAGACUGGCAGACAAGGCUGUGAAGGAAUAUUCCACCUAUCGCUCGGGGCUGCUCUUCUGGGCUCUUGUGGAUCUCAUUUACAACAUGUUCAAGAAGGUGCCUACCAGUAACACAGAGGGAGGCUGGUCCUUCUCUCUGGCCGAGUUCAUCCGACACAACGACAUGCCAAUCCACGAGGCUGCAGACAGGGCCCUGAAAACCUUCCAGGAGGAAUUCAUGCCAGUGGAAACGUUCUCUGAGUUCCUGGAUGUGGCUGGACUCUUGUCAGAAAUCAAUGACCCCGACAGCUUCCUCAAGGAUCUCCUCAACUCCAUCCCCUGAGCUGCCAGCACGGAGAGCCUUUGGGCAGAGCCUCCAUCGCUUGCCUUCCACCCCUCUGUGUCCCUCCUCGUGCAGUCUGGCCCUUCCCUGAGGAGUGCUGCAGGUUUUUUUUGUUGGAAUUUUUCUUUUGUUUCCCCCUUUUUUUUUUUUAAUUUUUAUUUUCUACAAUUUUAUUUUUUGUUUUCUUCUUCUUCUCCACGGAGUGAUUUGGAAAUUUCAAUUUGUUUUAUCUCGUGUUUUCAGCGCUUCUAUCUGUAAAGCCUUGUGCAUUCAAGCUGUUUGAAAGAACUUGUACAGAGAGGAAUCCAAACCAGUAAAUCUUAAUGCUUUAGUGUGCAGCUCUUUGAAGUUAAAUAAACCGAACAAAUGGGGAA